UCCAGCGGCCGAAACAAGAAGGGCCGCGGCCACGUCAAGCCCAUCCGAUGCAGCAACUGCUCGCGAUGCACCCCCAAGGACAAGGCCAUCAAGCGGUUCACCAUCCGCAACAUGGUUGAGUCUGCUGCUAUUCGUGACAUCUCGGAUGCCUCCGUCUUCGCGGAGUACACCGUACCCAAGAUGUACCUGAAGCUGCAGUACUGCGUCUCUUGCGCCAUCCACGGCAAGAUUGUCCGUGUCCGAUCUCGCGUCGGCCGCCGCAACCGUGCCCCUCCCCCUCGUGUCCGCUACAACAAGGACGGCAAGAAGAUCGUCCCUACUACCCCUAAGGUUUAA